GCACUCGUUUCUAAAACACCGUCUGCGGUUCGAGUAUGCGGGAGGAUAACGUUGCUUAGCUAGCUGGGUCACUCGCUUAGAAAGCUAACGCGAUAGCAGCGAAGCUAACCUCAUUCUGCGAUACAACCUCGAGACAAGUCGGGACAAGACCAGUCUCAGGGCUCACCAUACUCAAUGAGCGGACAGCGCAAUGUCAGAGCGCUCUGGGCAAACUGCAAAGGGGAAGGAAGGCAAAACCAAGUAUGCGUCUCUCAACCUGUUUGAUACAUACAAAGGAAAGAGCCUUGAAACACAAAAGCCUGUUGUUCCCCCCCGCCAUGGCCUGCAGUCUCUUGGUAAAGUUGCCUCCGCACGGCGUAUGCCACCCCCUGCCAACCUGCCCAGUCUGAAGGCGGAGAACAAAGGCAACGAUCCCAACGUCUCGCUCGUUCCCAAAGACGGCACAGGAUGGGCAAGCAAACAGGAACAAGCAGACCCAAAGAGUACCGAUGCAUUGUCAGCACCGCAGCCGGAAUCGCAGCAGCCUGUGGCUUCACCGACACCUGCCCCGACCCGCCCGAGAACCCCGCCAGCUUCAGAGGCUCAGGCCCCAGCUUCAACCCAGGCCGUAGGGGCAAGGUCCUGGGCACAGGCCAGUGUUACACAUGGAACACAAGGGGAUGGUGGAAAGGGAUCAAACCAACCGUCGCCAUUCUCUCGCGAGGAAUUUCCCACCCUGCAGGCGGCUGGCGACCAGGACAAAGCUGGCAAAGAACAGGGCACUGCAGAUCAGUGGUAUGGGCCCGGACCAAGCCUCCGCCCCCAGAACGUUACAAGUUGGCGGGACGGUGGGGGCCGAGCCCUGGCGCCCACCCUGUCUGGGGAGGGGGCAGUGGAGGGUGGCGCUGGCGGGGCUCUGGUGAUGGAUGGGGCAGCUGGGGUCCCCCCUCCAAACUCUCAGUCCCACGGGCCACCUAGGAACCCUCCCGCAGGCAGCCCCGCCUUGCCCCUGCCCCAGCCCCCCGUGGGGCCUGGGUUCCCCCAAUACCGAGGGAUCAUGCCUCCCUUCAUGUAUCCUCCCUACCUGCCCUUCCCGGCUCCCUAUGGCCCUCAGGGGCCCUACAGGUACCCAGCACCUGGGGAAGGGCCUGUUCCAAGGUUCUCUCGUGGGCAGGGUGGUCCUGACCACAGGCCUCAGGGUGGCCCACGAGAUGCAGGUGGAGAGGUGGUGAAGCGACCCUCUAUCCUAAAGCAGGAUGACCUGAAGGAGCUAGACGAGCUGGACCACGACGGAGAUGAGGGCUGGGCAGGGGCUCAUGAGGAGAUUGAUUACUCUGCCAAGUUGAAGUUUAGUGAUGAUGAAGGAGAGGAAGAGGGGGAAGAGGAGAGAACCGAGAGCAACAAUGACUCGCGUGAGCAGCAGAGGUCCCCGGAUGCCCCCCCUGCAACCUCUCGCUCUCGAGCCUCGGACAGCGGCGGAGACACCCGCCACACCCCUCCCUCUAAUGCUGACAAUGGCCCCCAACCCCCCUCCAGCAAGCCAGGAUGGGCCGAGGAGGGAGGCAGUGGCUGGAACGGCCAGGGAACACCACCCAACUACCAGGGGCGCAGGCCUGGAUUGGGUGGUCCCCGGGAGCAGCCCUCCCCCCCACCUGGGCCGCUCCUUGGACAAGGGCCAUACUCCUUUUACCGCCAGGACCGGCCUCUCAACCAGGGUGCCUCUGUGGGCCCAGGGAAACCUGUCCCCACCCAGCAUCCGCCAGCAGCAGGAGGGCCUACUCCUCCUCCCCAGCCAGGCCUGCUGGUCCAUGGGGCCCAGGGUGAUGAUGAGGAUGAGACUUGGCGUCAGCGCAGGAAGCAGUCCUCCACCGAGAUCUCUGCUGCUGUGGAGAGAGCCCGUCGCCGCCGUGAGGAGGAAGAACGUAGGAUGGAGGAGGAGAGACGUGCAGCCUGCGCAGAAAAGCUAAAGAGGCUGGAUGAGAAGCAGCAACAGCAGCAGGGCAGCAACAUAGGAGGUGGUGGUAGCAGCAGUAAAACUCCCAGCCUUGAUGGAAACUCUACAGCUGCCACAGCAGGGAGCCCUAGUCCAUCUAUUUCAGCCUCAUCUCCCAACAUCAGCCAGCCCCCAUCACCGUGUGUUGACCCUGAGGAGCCUCCAGUUCUGGUUGUCCCACCAGGGACCAGUCCUGGAGUCAGUGACCGACAGCGAGCUAGCAGCAACAGCAGCUAUGACUCGGGUGCAGAAGCCCAACAGUGUCCCCAGCCUGCUGUACCACAGCCACAGCCGCCCACAGUGGAUGUACCUUUACCAGGAGAAAAUAAGGAAGAGACCAUGGGCAGUGCUCACAUUCGUGCAGGAAGUGGAGGUGAAAGAGUCGACCCAGUGAAGAUUGAGAAUAUCGGAGGGGGAGCAGGUCGUCAAGCCGGUGGUCCUCCUGGCCAGGGUUACUCAAAAUACCAGAAGUCUCUUCCACCUCGAUUUCAGAGGCAGCAGCAGGAGCAGCUCCUAAAGCAGCAGCAGCAGUGGCAGCAGCAACAACAACAGCAGCAGCACAGCCAGGCCUCGCAAAGCCAGCUAUCCCCCCAGCCCCAGGCUCCACAGGGUCCUUCACCAGGUUCAACACCCCAACCGGGGCCUGGACCUAAGCAGGGUGGACCACUGUACCAACCCAGCAAUAUGGUUCGACCCCCACCCCUGCCAAUGAAUUUUGACCCACGCUGGAUGAUGAUGCCCUACAUGGACCCUCGUAUGAUGCAGGGCCGUCCUACACCCAUGGAUUACUAUUCAGCUGCUGGCAUGCACCCGUCAGGACUUAUUGGGCGUGAGCGGUCUGAUUCUGGAGGAUCUGGUUCAGACCCCUUUGACAGGCAGCAACAGCAUCCAGGGCACCCUCACCGUGGGACCCCCCCUAUGGAUCCUAAGCUUGCCUGGGGGCCAGAGGUAUUUCCUGGCGGAGGGGAGGGCCGUGGGCUAGCAUCCCCCCACAGGCAGAAGCAGGUUUUGGAGGAUGAUGACGGGGCCAAAGGACCCAGGAGCGACACUCCUCCACACCGCAUGCGAGAAGGUGGAUUGGGACCCAUCCAGCAACCCAACCCCAGCUCUGGGUCAUCCAAUCAGACUCCACCUCCAGUUGGCAGUCAAGUUGCGGCCCAGGGAGGCAGCCACCACCCUCAUCACUACAUGAGUGGGCGGGGCAACUAUAGCAACUUCCCUGACCAGGGUGGGAGGAUGCUUCCCCACCAGCAGCAGCAACAGCAGAGGGCGGGUGAGAGGGGAAACCAGCCGCAUAGUUUCACCCACCAGGAUGAAGGGCCUCCCCGAGGAUCUCAGCAGGGCCAGAUAUGGGGUGCCCCACACCCUCACUACGAUCGCAAUGGUCGAGCCGAUCACCCCGCUGUUGAGAACAACUCCCAUCUCCACCACCAUCACAGCCACCACCCUCAGCAGACUCACUUCCCUCUCCACCCCCAUAAGCCAGAGAACAGCCGUGACAGGGUAAUUGAGGCCCCUGCUAAGAAGACAGACUCUUCUCCCCCAAUCCACCAACCUUCCAUCUCAUCUUCUUGCUCUUCCUCCUCCUCCUCUUCUGCUAGAGAAGAUGGGAAUGUCAAAGUUGCCCUGCAUCAUCACCCAGCCCAGAGAGAAAGUGAAGCUGGUAUCGGGCACAGUCUUGGUGAAAGAGGCAACAGUGGCAGUGCCGGCAGUAGCAGUCAUGUGAAACAGGAGAAAACCGGCCCGGCGUAUGCUCCUCAUUCCACCAUGACCUCUAGCCCACCUCCCUCUCAACAUGGCAGUCAUUCUCAGCCUCAGCAGCAGCAGCAGCAGCAGCAGCAUCCCCAUCCUAAAUCAAACCAAAGAGGGGGACGGGAGCACAAGACAGAGACCCAGUGGGGCCCACGGCCUGGCAGCAGCAACACAGGUGGGGGGUCCUCUCAUGGUAGAAGGGCCAACAAUGCAGGAGGUGGGAACAACUCCCGUGGAGGGGAGGACUCCAACACUCCAAUGGACCACAAACCCUCCAACCAGACAGGAGGCAGCAAUGCCAACAAGAGGGCUGGCCCCAUAAAGAAGCCAGUGCUGAAGGAGAUGAAGAGAGACGGAGGGGAUGUUGAUGGAGGAGAAAAAACAAGCGUAGGCUUUGGGAAAGACAAAGAGCAAGAUGGCGGUCAACCCACUUCCAUGAAGCAGGAUGCCUCCUCCAUCUCCCAGAAUACAUCAGCUCCAUCUAAAGAAGAGUCAGCCCAGUCAGCCAAACCCAGGAAUGGAGGAAAAGAACGAUCCUCAGGAGGAGGUGGGGGAGGGUCUGGUAGAGGGCCCAAAGAUGUAGACACCACUUCUUCAGGAUUUUCAGGGUCCUCCAGAAGGGACAGGGACCGCUCCUUUGAGAGAGGAGGCAACGCCUCCCACCAUCAUGGAGUCCCUGCCAAAGGCAGUAGAGCCAGCCGCGGACGAGGGGGUGAGUUCUUCGGCCGUGGUCGUGGUUACCGUGGCACCUAUACGGCUGCUGCUGGGCCCAGUGGUGGAAAUCGGGGCAGAAUGGGCGGCAGGAGCGGCAGAGACUACCGCUCAUCUGUUGCCGGUGGCCACCACCAUGAGUCCAAGGGCGAGGGGGGAAGUGGCAGGCACGCUCAAGAUCGGUCCCAGCAUAACCCAGCCAGGGCCAGGAACCGAAGUGAAACCCGCAGUGAGGGAUCAGAGUAUGAGGAAAUCCCCAAGAGAAGGAGGGAGAGGGGUUCAGAGACUGGCAGUGAGAGUGGUGCAAGUGACCUCGGUCACUCAGACAAGGAUGACAACCAGAAACCCAACACCAAGAAUGGCUCUGAUCAUGCCAACGCCACUGGCAGCGGCACCAUGUCAUCUGCACCACCCAGAGGUUCCCAGGCCCGGGUCUUUACCCCUAGGGGUGUGCCCUCUCGGAGGGGCAGGGGUGGAGGUAGUGGAGGAGGAAACAUGUACAGGGGCAGUGGAAAUGUUGGAGGAGCACCUGGAGGACACCGGGUUGGACCCAACUCCGCCUCUCACGGUGGGUCCUCCAAGUCAUCAGCCUCGGGCCGAAAGCAGCAAGGCCCACCACAAACCUCUGGGCCCAAAGACUUGGGCAGAGGAGGAAAUGGAGGAGAGAAGAAAGACAAGAUAGCUGAUGCUAGUCAAGCUCAAACUCAGGGGUCCAAUCCCCCUCAGCCAUCUUUGCCUGCUGCAACUCCUGCCCCUCUAGGUUCCACUGAAAAUGGAGGAGUUGUGACCCAGCAAGCUCCAACCAACCCACCGUCAAACUCUGGAGGGCCAAAUGCGCUCCCUCCUCCCACUAGCCGUGGGUUCCCUCCCAGUGGGUUUGAGCGACCACCUAGACGUCGCCGUCACGGGCGUUCCCAGCAUCAGCAGGACAAGCCUCCACGCUUCCGGAGGCUGAAGGAGCGAGAGAAUGCCGCACGAAUCAACGGCGGAGUGGGGGUCAUCGGGGGAGGACGGCCCUCCUCUCCCUCCCUGAAUUCAGUUCAGGACAGUAACGGAGCCCCCAUCUCUGCUCCCAUGACAGGCAAUGCCCAAAAUGCUAACCACAACACCACAGUAACAACCAACAAUAACAGUGGUGGCGGGCAUCUUAGCAAUGCAAACAGCCACCACCAUCACCACUACAACCAGGGCAACGCUGGGCCGACCCACCCCCAGCACCACCACAGCCAUGGAGCAAAGUCCCCGGACUUCACCAACCAGAACUCCGAUCAAGCCAACGAGGAGUGGGAGACCGCCUCUGAGAGCAGCGACUUCACAGAGUUCAGAGACAGGGAAGGAGGAGGAGGGGGAGGCGGCGGCGGAGGAGGAGGAGGAGGAGGAGGGGGAGGCGGCGGCAAGUCAUAUUCUUCUCACCAUCCACACCACCUGGGAAGGGGAGGAGGUGGCGGCGGAGGUGUGGUCGAGCGUGAUAUGGCGGGAAAAGAGCCCUCAGCCAAUAAAAGAAGCUUCUCAAGCCAGCGACCUGGCAUGGAGCGACAGAACCGCAGGGUCAACGCUGGAGGAGGUGGAGGCGGAGGGGGAGGAAGAGGCCCACGAGGCCCGCCUGGUGGUGGCUCCGGCGGACCUGGCAACGGAGGUGGCAACCGCGGGGAGAAGCGUGGCAACUGGCCCUCCCCGAAAAAUAGGAAGUGAUGGAAUAAUUCAAAACAUUUAAGAUGAAACCCCACCGACAUUAAAACCACCCUCUUACAUCUUAAUCCCUUUUUGAUAAUUAUUUCAUGGCUUAUCUGUUGGCAUCCCUAAACAUAUUAGUGUAUUGUACAGUAUAUGGAGAUGGUAUUCACAUUCACUUUAAGCCCCCCCCCCACGGUCACCUCUUUCCCUUUGCAUCAAUCUACUAUCUACCGUCCGUUAUUGUAAAUUUCUCCGUUUGUUCCGUCUUGCUCUCCGUUCAGUUGUGCCCCUCCCUCCCUCCCUCCCUCCCUCUCUUUAACCUCCCCUCAAGAAUCUCACCCCAGUUGGAUUUGACAAGCAUGUGGUUCUGCAAUGGAGGUGCACGUGGUUUUGACAGAAGACAUUCACACAGAGCUCCACACACACUCGCAUAUACAAGCACAAAUAUGACAUCUUUACAAAUACAUGGAACACAUGCAGUCGUGUGGGUGCAAAAAUGAAAAUGUGGGAUUAAAUUGGCAAAAAUGUUUGGAUUGGGCUAAUUUUUAUAUUUAUGUACCUGUGUAUAUUUCUACCACACUUUGGCCUUGGGUGGUAUUCAGUAGUGCAGUUCUGCAUUACUUCCCUCGCAAAGGGAAAGAGUGCAGCUUCAUCUUUUAAUGAGAACAAUGUAACAUAAGAUGUUUUGUUUCUCUGUGUCUUUUUUUUUUGUUUUCGCUGCGUGUCAGUUAAGUUUCAGCCUCUGGGAAUUGUUAGGGGUGUGUGUUUUUUCUUCUAAAAAGCAGGUCAUUAAAAUACCUUUUUACUAAAUUCCCCAAUUCCUCCUUACGCUGACUUUUUGGUCUCCUGCAAAGUAUGUCUCUGAUUACUGUGAUUCAGACCCAUUGAAGUACUGCUGCUCAGUGCUCACCUACACUUGCAUUGAUUUGUCUUUAAUAUCAAUGUUUCUGCUGCUUGUUCAGAUAGAUGGUGUGAUGAUUUUUUUUUCUCCCCCAGUUAGUUGACCUGCUCUGACAUUUCAUUAGCUAUUGGUUGGUCCUUUUUUUUUAUUAUUAUUUUUUAGGAAAGGCUUUUUCAGCCUCAUCAUAGUAUCUUCUUCACCUGCAAAAAUCUAAAUCAAAGUUUCCCCUGGCUGGACAAUAGUUUUAUUCUCUCAUUCUUGAAUUUUGUUUACCCUCUGAAGACUGUAUUGAUAGCUUGAUGGCUUUAUUUUAACAACCAUCAUUUCCUCAGUGACUUCCAUUUUAUGGAAGGAAAAUGUAGGUCAUGAUGGAAUAAAGAAAAACAUGUUUCAUAAAAUUGUUUAUGCUUCAAUAGGUAAUUGAAUAUGUUCUAAUAAGCACUCCUUGUAGUAUAACAAAAGUCCAUGGUUGCUGUUUUUUUUUCUUGUUUUUUUCUUUUCUUUCUCUUCUUUGUGUUUGUUUUUGGGCAAGUUACUUGUGACACAACAGGACAGGUACUCUGUCUGGGCCCAGAGUACAGGCUGAGUAUUGUACUAUCAUCCCCCCCCCUUCUGUGCUCUUGUGGAGACUCCUCACACCAAGAAGGACUACUACCAAAAGCUCCUUGUCUGAGGAAGUAUUUUUCAAAGUGUGUGUUAUGGGGAUGGCUGUUUCAGUACGUGGUGGCAACCAGUAGCCCACACUAAUUGAAUUCAGGACAAUGCUGAAAGGGUGACAGUCGGGUCCCCUUCUACAGUUCGCACGGUUUCCAAGAUUUCACUCGUAAAACAAAUAAUGGCGACCUGGAGCGUUGAGGAAAUAUUACACUUGUAAACAUAGUUUGUAUCAUACAUAAAAGACAUAAAAUGGCACACAGCUUGAAAAAUGACCGGAGACAACAUCCAGUGUGAACUAAAUCGAUUUUACAUCUGCAUCAAUUCUGUCACUGCUGUAAGUUGGGGUUUGUUUGUUUACUGACAACAGUUUGAAGGUCGUCUCUGGGAUGUUACGAGUUGGGCAUUUGAUGAUUUGUGUAUGUGCGUGCGUGCUUGUGUGUAUGUGUGUGGCAUGUGCGCGUUUCCUGGUGUCUGUGUAAUAACUCGGGAAGGGGUGGGGACCAGAGGGUUAACAUGAAUGGCAAGCACUUUCUGCCUUGUUUGCCCACACUUGAUUUAACCGAUAUUAUUAAGACAAUUCUACUGUUUCUUAAAUACAUCCACAUAUAUACAUCCAGCUGUGUGUAUAUGUUGUUCAUCCAAAUGAAGAACAUACAGUGGAAAACUUCACCAGGUUAUUUUUUUGUGUAAUUUAAGCAUACAUUCUUCAGCAGGCAAGUGAAGUUGGACAUAUUUUAUUUUUCACUGACUUCUUCUAAGCAUGUACACACACCCAUGGGUGCAGCUUGCCUUGCCUGAUACUGGUUUAUACAUUGAUAGCUGUACACUUAACACUGGCUCAAAGAGUCCUUCAUCCCUCCUUAACUCUUAAUGUUGAUGUGCGCAUUAUUUUAUGUACCCAUGUUUAAAGAAAACAAUAGUGUAUUCCAGAAGAAAAAAAUACUCAAAGAUUGUACUGUGUCCAGCAUUACCAAGGUACCUGGAGUGGUUCAAACUGUUUUUAGCAUUUAUGGUUUUAGUAAUGGAACCAUAAUAUACACACAUGUAUGUAUAUUGGUAUGUAUCUAAGUUUUGUCUACCCCAACUUACAUUCCCACAAACAAAUGUUGCCAUUUUUAGUUCAAGGGAGCAAUGUACAAGCAGAGAAGUGUCUUAUUAUAAUAAAGUUAUACAGAGAAGGCAAAAUUAAAUAAACUACUUUUGAUUUAAUGGAAA